UUAUUAUGCAGUGAAUAGGUCAUAUCAUUAUAUUGGGGAAUUCCUAUUCGCUUAUACUUGCGCACAUUGCAGACAGAACCGUUGGUUGGCAACCGGUUCUAUAUAAGAGCAAGCGCAACUAAUGCUGCCAAACAGUACAUCAUCGAACUCAUAUUCAGGAUAUUAUCUUGGACAUCUUGGACAUCACACAACGUCGAUUGCUGAUCUCUUAUCAAACUAAUUUUUUAACAAAAUGUUUUAUUUAUUACUGAUUACUGCAUGGCCGUUUAUCAUUACCGCGUUUUCACAAAAUUUGGAUAACGCACGUGUGGAGAUGGCUCAAGUAGAUGGCUUCAUCUUUGACGGUCCAGUGGCUUCCGAAUCCAAUGGAAGACAAGAAAUUACUUCAACAUCAACAACAACUACCUCUUCUAUACUUAACAAUAUAUAUGACGCAUGCGUAAUAAACUGUCCGGUGACGAGUGAAUACAAUCCUGUUUGUGGUACGGACAAUGCUGAUUACGUUAAUCCAGGAAGUCUAGGCUGCGCGAAACGUUGUGGGAGAGAAGUGGUUUUAAAUUAUUAUGGACGCUGUUCAACAAGUCGAACUGGAUAA